GUUUUUUGGUUGGAGCUUCUGCCCAUUUGACCGACCUCAGCUGAUUUCUCCAGCAAAAGCACUGCUCUCUCUCUCUCUCCGUCUAGAUUCUUCACUUUCACAUGUCCUUUUAAUCCCUAAAUACCCCCUCCACUGUCGCCCUCUCUCUCGUUUCGAUCGAGGGCAUCGAUCCCUCUCUCCUCAAAAGCCCCAAUCUCAAAACCCUAGAAAUCUCGCUCCGACCCCCCCAACAAUUUCGACCCUAUUCUACGCUCAAGUAUAUAUUGUGCUGGCAGAGCUUGAUUGGAGGGACCGUAUAUCAUAGCAUGAGCAUAUUUCUACUUUCCUUCUAUCUAACUGUGAAUUUAGAGUUCUCCUUCGCUCUAGUAUCAUGUCCUCAAAGAGAAGCAAGGUGUUUAAUUUAAAUUAGGACAUCCUGGGAGCCCAUUUAUUUGGCAAGUCAUUUAUACAAGUGAAGCUUCAUAAGUGGUUUUGGAGUUUUUUUUAGCUUGAUCUUUGUAUUUGGUUGCAUCUUUUCAUUGGUCCGUUCGUUCUUGCACGAUGCCCGUGAUACGAAAGCUAUAUGAAGCAUGUAAAGCAUCAUUUUCUCCCAAUGGACCUAUAUCAGCUGAAGCUCUUGAAAAAGUUCGAGCUCGUUUAGAUGACAUAAAGCCAGCCCACGUGGGUCUUGAACAGGAUGCUCAACUAGUACGAGGGUGGAAACCUACAAAUCCUUUGAAUGGGAAAAAAAGCCGAAAUGGGAGCAGUCAGUAUUUGCCUCCGAUUCAGUAUUUGCACAUACACGAGUGUGAAAGCUUCUCUAUCGGAAUAUUUUGCAUGCCUCCUUCUUCCAUUAUACCUCUUCAUAAUCAUCCUGGAAUGACUGUCUUGAGCAAGCUUCUGUAUGGCACUUUGCAUGUCAAGUCAUAUGACUGGAUUGGUACAGAAGGAUCACUUGAUCCAUCCAAAGCAAGACCUGCAAAGCUUGUUAGAGAUGGCGAAAUGUCAGCACCAUGUGGAACAACAGUUCUUUAUCCUACUACUGGUGGUAAUAUCCACUGCUUUAAAGCUAUAACCCCGUGUGCGCUCUUCGACAUUUUAACGCCCCCUUAUUCAUCAGAGGAUGGGCGACAUUGCUCAUAUUUCCGGAAGUUACCAAAAAAGGAUCUAUCUGAUGACUAUAUAGAAUACGCAGAAAGUAUUUUACCGGAUGGGAUGAAGGCUUCUGAAGUGGGUUGGUUGGAAGAGUAUCAGCCUCCAGAUAGUUUUGUGAUCAGGAGAGGGUUGUAUAAAGGCCCUGCUCUUAAAAUUUAGAGAUAUAAAGUUGGUGUAAACUUCCAUUAGUUAGAUUGGUUCCCAGUGGUAACAUAGAGUUUCGGCCCCGUCAUAAUUGGGCUGUCAUAUGAGCUGUGAAUAAUUUAUUAGAAUAAUUAGUUUCAUUAUAUGCAGCAGCAGGGCAUUUGUCAGUAUAAAUCACAAUUUGUUCACUUUUAUCGUCAACAACUGACGAGGAAUAAUAUUAGGGUUUGGUCGUGUGUUGGCAAUGGA